AGCUGCACCUUUGCACUCGCCAUGGCAUGUCCGCCAGUCAUUGUUGCUGCACAGCAGCCAUCCCCAGUUACGCCUUGUGAUUCUGAGACGGAGAGUCUCGAAGUCAUCGAAGUCACGGUCGAGAAGGUGGACUCCCAACAAAGAACCACCUUGGACAGUCUCAACACCAUAGGCAGCCGGUUGCGGCUGAGUCUCCAGUCUCUUGCAGGUCAGUUCAGGACCACAAUCCGCCACUCGGUGUCCCCCCGGAAUCGGCGCAGCACCAGUAGUAGUGGAGGCCGUGGCACGAAUUUCUCGGUGCAGACGGAUGAGUUGGAACGCUAUGCGCUGAGUCAGACCUCCUUUCCCGAACUGGUGAGACGCUGCAGUGUUUCAUCACAUACGGUCUUGAAGCGUGGUGGUUCAGUGUUGUCAAAUCAGAACGACCAGACAAAACAUGAACGUUUUGGCUACGAUGAAGACCGGGACAUGACCUAUGACUACUUCAUCAGUCACAAUUGGUCUGUUCCGAGAUGGAAGAAAUUUAUGGCAUUGUGCAUGAUUUGGAGUGGCAAACGUGUCCUGGUGUCCUGUUGUUUGGUGCAAGUGGUUUGCUUCGUGCUGGUUUGCGCGGGUGCUCUGCCAUUGACCCCAAUGAUCAGCGGCGAGGGGCAGAUGAGUAUCUGGUGCAGCAGUGCUUCCUUCCUGACCUUCUUUGUGGUGUUUCUAUUCUCCAGUGACGUAUUGCAGAUCUUAGGCCUCAAGGGCUAUCGCACCUUUUUGGAUAAGGUCUGCGUCGACCAAUCUGACGAGGAUAAGAAAAGGCAAGGCAUUGGAGCCAUCACGGCGUUCCUGUAUCAUUCGGAUGCCAUGGUGGUGCUAUACUCUGAAAUGUACCUCACCCGGCUUUGGACAGUCUAUGAGUUCACCACUUUCUUGGCCCUGAAGCCUGAUGCCCAAAUCCUGGUGCAACCGGUGAUUCUGGGACCUCUGGCAGUUUACUUCGUCCUGAUCCAAUUUCUACGGAUCCCUGAGCUGUUGCUCCUUCCCGCAGACUUGGAACAGUUGAACCCAUCGGACACGCCGGAAACGCCUUGGGGCCUGGUUUUUAGCCUGUUCAUCACAGUGGAUCUGCUGGGCGUUUGCAUUGGUGCCAUCUUUUUGAGGAUGUGGGGCAGCACUCGAGCCAGCAUGCAACAGCAGAUCGACCAGUUUUCGUUCGAAAGCGCUGCGUGUCACGAUGAAAAUGAUCGCAUGUAUCAAGAGCUACGAAAUCAUCGUGCGGAGCAUUUUGCCAAGGAGAAUGAAGCACGCCUUCCAGCUCACCGGGAUUCCAUGUCAAGUGGCUUUCCUCAUCGCGUUGCCAUGCCUCAGCGCUGUGCUGGACCACUCCGCCGUCCAUCUGCGAAUGUCGCUGCACGACGACAACGGUGGGGCCGUGCUGGAGACGGUGGCAGAGGUGUUGAAGAUUGCCGCCAAAGAGCUUUGCGUGCCAAUAGCCGUUGGACUGGUGGGUAUUUUCAGUGGAAUCAGAAGAGGCAGCGUAUGUUUCGAAGUGCUCUGCACCUUCGCUUGCUUCGUUCUUCUGGCCCUGGGACUAUGGCUCCCCCAGUCUCCGAUGAUGCCCGACAUCGAAACUGUUAUGCCAUCCACUGACGUUCGAUGCGUCGUGUUGGGACUCACUCUCCUAUUGCAGUGCGUUGUCAUUUUGGGCAUCUACGGGCGUUCCUGCUGCAAGUGAGCACCGUAGGGUGCGAAAAUUUUCAUGGCGCAGCAAGUAGCGACUGCAGAGCAGAAAAAUGAAGCAUAGUAGCUCC